AUGAAGGGUGGUGAAGGUGAACUUGAAAUGUUGGUGAAGGAGAGCGCUCACAUGACGUCUCUUAAUCACCGUUUUCAUCAGAAUGGUGGUCCUAUGCUUAAGAAUGUUUCACCUAUUUGUUUAGAUUCUCUCUCUGCUGGGUUUGGUACUUCUAGUGGCGUUUCAUCACCAUCUGUAACCCCGUUUCAUGAGACUAUGUAUCGAACACCAAGUACUACAUACUCGGACUCUUUGGUUUUCAAGAACUCCGAUGAGCAGGAAAAUAGGUUGGAUGAACUGGGUUUGUCGGAUAAUCUCUGUAAAAUACAUAUUGGGAAUGAACGAAAUGAUUUAUCCGGUAUUAAUAGAUUUGGGUUGGACCCAAAUAAUCUUGGGUUUGGAUUUCGUGCCUAUUUUUCAAAUGCUAUUAGUCCCUGCAACGUUGAACACUACUGCCCAAUUGAAGGUUUUGGCAGCGAUGAUAAUGUUUGUGGGGGGUUUCAAUCCUCCGUUCAUGGUCAUUCUGGGAAUUUUGAUGAUGAUAUGAAGGUGACAUUGCUUGGGUUGCAACAUGGGUACAAUGUGGGUAGUUCAAUGGUCUGUCAGUCCAAUGCUCUGUAUUCUGGCUCCAAUCUUCAUAGAGACCAGAUAGAUUAUCUAGUGGAGCUAAGAAAGGAGCAAGGGAGAGACAAUUGUAAGGGGAGGAUUGAAUUACCGAGCCCAUCUACGAGUAGACAUUAUCUGAAUGAUGGUUUCUAUUGCUCACAGAAUUAUGGAAUUGAGGGUAAUGGAGAUAGGAGUGUUUUGAAUGCAUUACAAUACUCUCAGUUGAUGCGUCCUAAGCUGCCUUUGACUGGGGAAACUCCAACCUAUAAUUGUUCAAUGUUGAAUGAAAAGAGUAGAGCAAUGCCAAACACUAGAAACAACAAUGUGGGAGGACUUGAAGUUUUUAGUUACGAAGACAACUUCAUCAUAGAAGGGAAGAGUUUGAAUUGUGUUGCUAACAAGAAGUGUGAUCGUCCAAAGGGUCAGAAGAAGAAUUCCCCCAAACAAACUGCUACGCAAGGAUCAAGAGAGAAAAAACCAGCAGUGGCUUGUGGAUCCCUAUCCAGAGGAGUUUGUGAUAAUGGUUUGAGUCAUGGUGAGCCUGGAAAAAAUUGUGGGAAUGGUUUGAGGCCAAGGACUUGUAGUGCUACACUUCUGCAACCAACAUGCAGUCCAUUGACUGAGUGUCGUGAGUAUAUAUUCUACAUGGCCAAGGAUCAGUUCGGUUGUCGGUUCUUACAAAGGAUAUUUGAUGAGGGAAGCCUUCAAGAUGUUCAAACAAUAUUCAAUGAAAUUAUCAAUCAUGUUAUUGAACUUAUGGUGAAUCAAUUUGGAAAUUACCUUAUGCAAAAACUUUUAGACGUCUGCAGCGAAGAACAGAGGACGCAAAUUGUGCUCAUGGUGACUAAAGAACCUGGAGAGCUUGUCCGAAUAUCUUUGAAUAGUCAUGGCACUCGGGUGGUGCAGAAGUUAAUAGAGACACUCAAAACCAGGCAGCAGAUUUCAUUGGUUAUACUUGCCCUUGAACCAGGUUUUCUUGAUCUCAUAAAGGACCUUAAUGGAAAUCAUGUUGUACAGCGUUGUUUGCAAUGCCUUAGGGAGGAACAUAACAAGCAUGCAUCUUCAAACCAUCUAAAUGAACAUUGGCUAACUGCUUACUUAGUAGGGCCGCCACAGGAUUUUGUUCAGUGUGAUUGUCUUUCCUAG